GAUGUAUAUAAAAGACACGGAGUAAUCGAGAAUAGGCAUCGCAGUUUUUGCAGCGAGACAAUCACUUACGCCGGUUACCGCGGUUAAAAUGAUGACCAAAAUCUUUAUUCUCGUUGGCGCUUUUGUGACCGUCUGCUCUGCCGGAGUAAUUCCAGCGAUUUCAACGAUUCCGGCGGCAGUGCCAGCAGCUUUGACAGUCGGAACCUACGCCACGAGUUACAACGCACACGCUAUUAAUCAUGCCAUAGCCGCCCCAUAUGUAGCAGCUGCACCUGCGCCAUUGGCUUAUUCCGCUUAUCCCGCUCUGUCGGCCGCCUAUUCCGCCCCUAUCAUUACCGGAAGACGCUAAAACGAAACAGGCGAAAACCUAGCCAAUCUGCCUCCGAUGGAUCCAGUAAACUCUAACUGGCAAUUGCUGCAUUAUUAACAUGCAAUAACUACUUUUUCCAUAUGCUUCAUCUUUACAUAUUGCAAAUAUACAAAUAUACUGAUCGUGA